AUGACCUCCUCUACUUACAAUACUCAAGCCAUUCCCACUGCUUCUUGUCCAACUCGNNNNAUUGAGAUUUACUCUAUGGCCGAGAAUGCUCGGGAGCAGCCUCAUCUGAGGCAUCGGGUGAAGAUCGAUCAAAUGGCUACCUGCGUGGCGCUGUCUCCAGAUGGGUCCCAGAUAGCUGUGGGGUCGGCAGUGGGUACAGUAUCGUUGUUCUUGAUGAAGUCCUUGAGGGGGGAGGGAGUGUUUGACUGCCGCAAUCGGGCGGGUAAACUCCGUAAUGGUCGGAAGGUUACUUCUAUACAGUGGGAUGCAUCGGGCCAGAGGUUAUUGGUGUGUUGCGGAGAUUCUCGAGUGAGGAUAGUACAUCUGAGAGACCUGUCGAAACGGACCAAGUUCAAGUCACCGCUCUACUACACUAAUCAGAGCAUGAUGCUGAUGGCCACUUGGUCGGCAGGGUCAACGAAGAGGGUUCUUUCAGUCGGAGAGACUGGAUGGUUUUGUGGAUGGAGUGUCGAUUACGCCACUAAAGAUACCAAUCAGGCCCCUUUGGUAUGCCACUUGCUAGACGGUAUAGGUCGACGACAGUCCGAUCGAACCACAUCGCUAACCCCUCCGGAAUCCCCGUCUUUGCAAUCUCAGCCUCUCUCAUCACCACGCCACGCUGCAGGUUCCCAGUCGGGCUCGACAUUUUGUACGGCAUCCUUCCUCUGUCCAGUACGACAGGCUUUGUCUGGGCAUCCUCUGGUUGAUACAGUAUUUGGUAGAGUUGGUCGCAGUGCCGAAUGUUUUCAUCUGCUGGCAGUCGCCACAUCUAACGGUGUGAUUCGUCUCUGCCUCGAUCUGUCCGCGGCUGAGUGGCAGCAGAAUCGUGCUCAUCACCUGUUGCCGAUCGGUCACAGCGCCCUACAGGUGUUCACAUCUCGGUCUAGCUAGACUGACUUAGAGUUUUUUUGGAAUGAACGAUAUCAUUGCUGUGCUUUGACUAAUUAGCACAACUGCCCACCACCUGAGUGUAUCGUUUGCUACAUUAUCAUCAGCAAGUUCUAAUUGACUAAGCAGUUGGGAGAAAGUCGACUGUGAUCGACAAUCACAUUGAACGUUGCUUAUGAUCAUCACCCCGUGAAUCUGCCGUGAAUUUCUGCAGC